AUUCAAUGACAAGCUUAAGAGAUGUUGCCAAAGGAGAAAAGUGGCUCUGGAAAAGGAGGGAAAGGAGGUGUAGCCUCUGGGAGUGACAGUGCUGACAAGAAGUCUCAAGGUCCUAACGGUGGUGGUUAUGCCAUAAAGGUCAGACACAUUCUAUGUGGAAAACAUGACAAAAUCAUGGAAGCCAGGGAAAAGUUAAUGUCUGAAAUGAGAUUCAGUGAAGUGGCCUCACAAGAUAGUGAAGAUAAAGGCAGGCAAGGGGGUGACUUGGGUUGGAUGACCAGAGAGCCCAUGGUGGGACAAUUGCAAGAAGCGGCAUUUGCCUUGCCUGUAAGUGGAAUGGAUAAGCCUGUGUUCACAGACCCACCAGUUAAAACAAAAUUUGGGUAUCAUAUUAUUAUGAUUGAAGGAAGCAAAUCACAUGAAAGACUGAAAAAAAUAUUCAUAUUUCAGUACUAA